ACUCGCUGUGCGCUCCGGUGUCUCCGUCGCGCACGUCAGCGCUUAUUUAAGGGGCCGCUGCCGGCAAGUCGCGCUCAUUCUUACACGAGUUGCCGUGACGAGAACAGCGUUCUUAGUUUUUUUUUCUUGUGGGUGAAUUAUUAUUCCUUGUUGGUGCGUCAACUUGACACGUGUCCAGUGCCCGCGGGAUCAUUGACACACUCGCGCAGAUACUCAGAGCCGACGUACCGAGAAAAACAUGGCGGACAGCGGAAUCAAGCGCAACAUUCCCAUCAAAUUGGGCGACUUCAGCGUGAUCGACAGCGAGUUCUCCAACAUCCGCGAGCGCUUCGACGCCGAAAUGAAGAAGAUGGAGGACGAGAUGUCGCGGUUCCGAAGCGAACUUAUGAACCGCGAGAGCAACUUCUUCAAGAGCACCACCAGUCGCCAUCAUUCGACGAGCAGCGAGCAUCGAACGACAUCGACAAGUAGUAGCUCGAAGACAGAAAGUUGGGAGGACGACGGGAGCGGAGAUAAGCCACAUAUGAAGUCUGCCUUCGACAAUUUCAAAAGCACGACGACGCAACACUCGAGCAACCAAAACCAGAGCUCGCUCAGUCCUCAUCACGACAACAACGCUUGGUUGGAUGGCCUCAAUAGUCCAUUGAUCCAGGAUGAGGGUGACAACAAAAUGCUCAAGCUUCGGUUCGACGUGUCGCAGUACACACCCGAGGAGAUCGUCGUCAAGACCGUCGACAACAAGCUUCUCGUACACGCGAAGCACGAGGAAAAGUCAGACACAAAGUCUGUCUACAGGGAAUACAACCGUGAAUUCCUGCUGCCCAAAGGCACGAAUCCCGAGACCAUCAAGUCGUCGCUGAGCAAAGACGGCGUUCUCACCGUCGAGGCACCACUUCCAGCUCUCGGCGCUGGCGAGAAGCUUAUCCCCAUCGCGCAUCACUGAAGAUAUCCAUCUAAUCAGUGAACAAAACAAUAUCGCUUUAAAUAUUACCAACAAAAACACGCAACCUAUCGAACGUUAGGUUUCCACAUUAUUUCUUUUUUUAUAUAACGUCCAUUACUAUUAAUGUAUUAUUGUAAUUGUAAUUUUUUUUUAAUUCAAAACCAUUUUUCGCAUCUCUCGGGUGCCACGCGUAUAAAAAUGCGAUUAACUCGAUCAACAGCAUAUUGUAUGUAGAAUUUGGACAGUUUCAAAUAGAAGAAAACUCGGCCUAUACACAUGUCGUCGUCAGUGUACAAGCUGCUUUAUUUUUGCACGCCUAAAAUAAAAAAAAAACAACAAUGCUAACUCUGUCUAUUUGUGCCUUUGCGACAAUUUCUCGACAAACACUGUUGUAAUUUAACUUUCUUAUAGAGCUGCGAGCCAAAAUUUUUCGUACAUUGCCGAAAGCUUUCUGACUUUCUUAUUUUUUCGUCGAAUUUAGUGACAUAAAAUCAGUAUAUAACAACAAUGCAAAUGUAAAAUGCCUAACGUACAAUUGUGGAGCGUUCAAAAGAAAAAAAAGCUUAAUUUCUUUUCUAUUUUAUUGAUUGAGGAAGGGGAGAUUGAAAUUGAUAACGGAGAAAUUGUCGGUUAUCGUAUAUAACUUAUAUACGUGUUAGUUUAGGUGUAUAUCGUUAAAAGACUAAAAAAAUAAAGAAAACACAAAAAUGCCUAGCAUGUGUAAGCAUUAUAAUAUAUUAUUAAUAUUAUUUAUGAAUAUUUUAAUAUUUUCGACAAACUACAUAGAAGAAGAAAAGAAAGACAUUUAAAAGUUAAUAAAUAAUUGACAAAAAAUCAAAUUUUGUGC